AGGGGGCGGCGGGGGCCGCCGGUGGCCGCUGGUGGUGUGCGGCACGCUGAACUUCAACGGGCGGCAGAGCGCGAUGAGCGGUGCGCACAGCGCCGAGUACUUGGAGUUCCUCGAGAUUUUCCGACAGGGCCUGGGCGACGUGCGCGACCUCCUCUACGACGUCUCGGGCUCCCACCCUGUCACCUACGCCGACACCCGCCUCACCGUCAACGGAGAGGUCCCCGUGGAGCGGGUGCUGACGAACUCCAGCGUCUACGAGAAGGACAGCCUGAAGCGGCAGCGCCUGGACUACCUGUUCUACUUCCCGCCGCGGGAGGCGGCCUCCGAGCCGAUGGUGCCCGCCACGUGCCAGGUCGAGAAGUUCCUGGUCGACAGGACGAAGGACGUGGGGGCGCCCGUGACGCAGCUGUCCGACCACUACGGCAUCGAGGCCACCCUCGCCGUCCUCGGCUCGGGGCACCCCGCCGCCGGCGCGGCGCCGCCGCCUGGUGCAGCAGGCGGCGCUGGCGCGGGCACGCUGGGCGGCGGCGCCGAAGGCC